AUGGAGGAAUACGGCUACGAUGGCUCGCAUCCCGAACGAUGGGACGCGGCAUCUCAGGACGACUCGCUCCUGGGUACUGGCUUGACGACACGCCAUAUUGAAGCGUUCGGUCGCAAAGUCACGUCUACGGCGAACCACCUCAUGGGCCCGACUACGACUGACACCCACUUCCAAACAGCCCUGACUGAAAUCCACCGCGAACUGCGGCGGCCCACGGCUCAACGACGACUGUUCGCACUCGCCCAGACAUCGCCCACCGAUCUGGUGCGUUCCAAGCUAUCUACCGCUGAGAUUCAGUCGCGAGCACUUUCCUCCCUUCCCGACGACCUCCUUGCAAACAUCCCCGAAGACAAGAGCACCUAUUCUCUCUUCCAAGGGUUCCAAGCCACUCUCCCCGAGUCCGAACCCGAGGAGAAAUCUCACCAUCGACGCAGCUCGAAACAUCAAAAGACUAUUACUGGUUCUGAGCCAACCAAAUCUCUCCCGCCGACGAAGAAUGGGCUGCAGACGGAGCGGAACCGGCUGAAUCGGCGUUUGGAGAUGAUGGGCGUUCGCAAGAAUAUGUGCAGUGCAGAGAUCCAUGAGAUUGAUAGUAAGAUUGCGAAUCUGAAUAAUAUGCGGAAGAUUGUCUUGGAUCGGCUGGCCGGCUUAGAGCUGGACGAGGGGGAAUUGGAGAACAAGAUCGUCGAGCUGGAUAAUAAAAUAGAGGAUAUGGAGGAUGAGCAGGAGGAAAUGGUUACGGCGCAAGCGACACCAAAGUCCGAGGCGAACGAGCCUGCUGAGGACCCUGCCCUCGACGCUUCGUUCAUGUCGGAGUCUAUCUACCAGAAGCUACCAUCACCACCGCGGGGCCGGAGAGUCAGAUCUAUAAAGAAAAAGUCAAUGCCAAUUCUCCACGAACACUUUGAACCCGGCACUAGCAUCAAGGAAAUCCCAGCUCAUAAUGACAUAAUAACGGCACUUGACUUUGACUAUCCAUUUGGAACAAUGGUCAGUGCAGCUUUAGACGACACUGUUCGCGUGUGGGAUCUUCAUGAAGGAAGGUGUAUUGGGUUUUUAGAGGGUCAUCACGCGUCAGUCAGAUGUCUACAGGUAGAGGACAAUUUUGUUGCAACAGGCUCCAUGGAUGCCUCCAUUCGUAUCUGGGAUCUCAGCCGUGCUCAACAUGUACAACACACAAACAGUAUUGACAAACCAACCAGCAGCGAGGAAACAGAAGCAGGAGACGAAAUUAUUCACCAAGAAACAGUGUCAUCGCAAUCUUCCAACAUGGAAGACUGCGAACUAUUUUCACUGGAGGCUCAUGUUGAUGAGGUCACUGCUCUACAUUUCCGCGGCAACACUCUCAUCUCUGGCUCCUCGGAUAAAACACUGCGACAAUGGGAUUUGGUCAAGGGACGGUGUGUACAGACGUUGGAUGUUCUCUGGGCUGCUGCGCAGGCGUCAACGUCAAUAUCGACUAGCUCGAAUUCUCAGUGGCGACCAACAGGACGCCUACCAGAUGCAUCGGCCGAUUUUGUGGGUGCUCUCCAGUGUUUCGAUGCCGCUCUGGCAUGCGGCACGGCGGAUGGUAUUAUUCGAUUAUGGGACCUUCGUAGCGGUCAAGUACAUCGAAGUCUUGUCGGCCACACCGGCCCGAUUACGUGCCUACAAUUUGACGACGUUCACAUGGUGACUGGCAGCUUGGACCGAAGCAUACGGAUAUGGGAUCUCCGUACCGGAUCAAUCCAUGACGCGUUUGCGUACGACCACCCCAUCACAAGCAUGAUGUUUGACUCUCGACGCAUCGUCUGCGCGGCGGGCGAGAGCGUUGCCAAGGUGUACGAUAAGACCGAUGGCCACCACUGGGACUGCGGUGCAGGGGCUGUAGAAGGCAGCACAUCGUCGAUUGUCGAGCGUGUCCGCGUCAAGGACGGAUACCUCACAGAAGGCCGCAAAGACGGCAUCAUUGGAGUUUGGGCCUGCUAG